UAAUACGCUUUUUAUGUUGUUUAGAUAUAACAAUGGAUCUAGUCCUGAACUAUGUAGAUUACAACUUUUUUACACCAUAUGUGUAUCCAGCCACGUGGCCAGAGGACGAACCCUUUCGACAGAUCAUCAGUCUCCUUAUUGUAACAAAUGUUGGUGCACUCGUGCUUUAUUUGCUGUUUGGAACUUUGAGUUACUACUUGGUUUUUGAUCACACUCUGGAGCAACACCCCCAGUUUCUAGAGAAUCAGGUGCAGCUCGAGAUAAAAUAUGCUGUCCAAUCACUGCCCUGGAUGAGUAUCCCCACUGUAGCACUCUUCUUUGCAGAGGUCAGAGGUUACAGCAGACUUUAUGACAACAUUGAAGACUCUCCUUAUGGAUGGUUUGGCGUAAUCCUUAGCAUGCUCUCUUUCCUUUUCUUCACUGACAUGUGCAUUUACUGGAUUCACAGGUUCCUUCAUCAUAAACUUGUGUACAAGCGUCUGCACAAGCCCCAUCACCGCUGGAAGGUUGCUACGCCAUUUGCAAGUCACGCCUUUCACCCUCUGGAUGGCUUCCUGCAGAGUAUUCCCUAUCAUAUCUAUCCUUUCCUCUUCCCUUUGCACAAGGUGACCUAUUUGGGUCUCUACGUCGCUGUCAAUGUCUGGACAAUCUCUAUUCAUGAUGGCGAUUACCGCGUCCCAAAUUUCUUGAAACACAUUAUCAAUGGCUCUGCCCAUCACACCGAUCAUCACUUGUAUUUUGAUUACAACUACGGUCAGUAUUUUACUUUCUGGGAUAAAAUUGGGGGAUCCUACAAAAAUCCCUCAUCCUUUGAAGGGAAAGGGCCACGUGAUUAUUUGAAAAUGUUAAAAAGCGGAGAAUUGGCCAAUAUUAAAAAUAGCCACAUGAAUGGAGACAGUCUAAAAGAUAAAUAGAUCUCCCCAAGAUGAUUGCAAAAAGGCCUUGACUUUUUUUAAAUGAAAAAACCUACUUAUAAAGAAAGCCCUUUCCCUGUUUUAUAUCAUUCUUGGGAUGCAAGCAUUGUAAGUGCUUAGUAGGGUAAUUAUGGUGGAGUUAUGUCAUUAAGAAUCAUAAUACAGUCCCAUAAUUGAGACUGUGUGUGGUGAGGGUAAAAUGCAUAGGACCUAUGUAAUGUCUAAUGUUGAUGCAAUAAGGAAAAUAUUGUUCCUGGCACUUCAUGCAAUGUCAGUGCAUUGAAAUUGUGAGUGCCUUUUCUAGGAUAAUACAUACAAGCCUCAGUCAGCAUGUAAAUUCUGCCAUAACGGCAGUAACAAAAUAUCUUUUCGGUAGACUCAAAAGCUUUCUCCUGAAAGAGCCAGAUACAGGUUCUCUCUGCACAGUGAAUCGCUUGCUGGGGAUUGUGCUAAUUGAGCCAGGAUGCUACUGGCAGCACUAUACAGAUAAUACAGUAUUGCUGCAAUACUGGCUUGUACUUAAAAGGAAAAUUGAUGAUUGAAUAAAAAGAAGAGACACUGUAGUCGAUAUAGAUUAAUGCUUUGCAUGUAGAAUAUGUUCUAGUACACUUUUCUGCAUAUACCUACCUGGAGUUUAACAAAAGAAGGCACACACAUUUUCCAAAAAAUUACUUACCCAUCUAGCUUUUUAAGGAUUCGCUUUGCAUUUGAAUCAAAACUGAGCUAAUGUUAUGCCAAUAGAAACAUUUUAUAUUUUAAAAUAGGAAGAUCCACCAGACCUACUAUUUUCUAAAUAAAAUCUUAUGCUGUUCAUAAAUAAAAUUCAAAUAAUUCAACAUUUAGGCUACGUCUACACUGCUUCCCUCUUGCAGAAGAGGAAAUGCAAAUGGAGCGCUCAU